GUAAUACACAAACUUACUGUAAAACUAAGCGUUUCUUUAGGCAUUUUGGAUAUUUGCUCAGUUACUUACUCUUGCUGUACGGGUUAGCUUUCGGAUGAAAUUUAGGGAUUCCUCGUCCUUGUUUCACGUCAAAUCUGAACAACUUUCAGAAUAAAGAAUAUUGGAAAGACUUAAGAGAUCAUGGAUGCAUCAAAUGCAUGUCCAACAGAAGACACACUUUGUGCAUUAUUAGAAUACUUGGUUGAUCCCUUGCUGCCGGUGAAAUCCUCUCUGAGGCAUACUCCAUCUAUUUCUCAACAAGAAUCAGUUGCAAAACAGGUACACGCUGCCGUGUUGCUAUAUAAUUAUUACCACCGGAGAGAAUAUCCGCAUUUGGAAUAUCUGGAUUUUGAGUCAUUUUGCAAGUUAGCAGGGAUUUUAAAACCAAGUUUGUUAUCGUAUAUGAAGUUCAUGCUUAGAUCCAUCGGUCCUGUGUUUGAUGAACCUGAAAAGCAGCUAUCAGUAAUGGAGCAAACGGUCAUGGAUGCGUGUAAUAUAUGCACAAGUUUAGAGGGGUUAAAAGAUAUUCGAAGCAUAGAGGGAUGGCCAAUUUCAAAAGUUACAGUUUUUCUAGUUGACUCAAAGAAGGAGAAUUGCUAUUUGCAGUUUGGUACUAUCACUCUGGGAAUAUGGAGUCUCAUUGAAGAGGAUACUUAUGUGUUUGAUUCCAACUCAGAAGCUAAAUUGGAUGGAACACAUAUUAACAAAAAGAAAAGAAUCAGUACAAAAUCUGUGAGAGAUGAAUUGGUUGCUAACGAGGAUGCCUUUCAGCAGCUUGCAUUUUUAGCAAUCAAGAAAGCAACAGGAAUUGAUCGAAAUGAUCUUAUCAUAAUGGAGGGCCAUGUUGUAUACUCUCUAAGUAAAGAAAAGACAGCUGUUCGCUUUUACAUUAUGCAGUACAUCCCACGAAAGAAUGAUGAGCGUAUUCAAAUUCCCAUCACAGAUGCUAUUCACAGUGAGUUUGCUUUUGAUUGGUAUAAAGCUGAACCUGAAUGGAAGUAGAACUGAAGGUCAGGACUCCUAGCCUGAUAGGAAAAGAGGGGAGAAAAAAAGAGGAUACACACUUGAGAAAUAAGAUGAUUCGGGCUAACUGAGAAAGUGACAUAGAGAAAGUAAAAGGAGGCUGUGAGAAGCAACAGGCUGGGGGAAAAGAGGAACCAGAAGGAAGGCGCUGAGACUUACCCAUUUAGGGAUUUCCAACGAAGGUCUCCUAGGGCGAAGGUUCAUGAGUUUUAAGAGUGCCUCUUUAGCUAUUUUGCCAAGAGGUU